AUGGCUUACACUAUUAGCCUUACAAAAGUAAUGAUCACAUUGAUGUUCCCCAUUUUCAUCUUUCUCAUCCAUGUUCCUUCAAUGGUUCUUUCUCAAUCAUUCAGAUCACUUCAACUGCCGCCUAAGGCCGUCGGUCCGGAAUCCAUCGCAUUCGAGUCCGGUCCUGUAACCGGACGAUUCUAUGUCGGGAUAGCUGAUGGUAGAAUUCUACAGUUCAACGGACCAAGAGUUGGAUUUCUGAACUUCGGAUUCACCAGUCCAAAUAGGUCUAAGCAGCUGUGUGAUGGCACUACUGAUCCAAAUAUGGGGCCAAUUUGCGGAAGGCCUUUGGGUUUAGCAUUUCAUUACCCCUCGAACAAGCUGUAUGCUUGCGAUGCUUAUUUCGGGCUCGUGGUGUUAGGUUCUGCCGGAAAACAAGCGACCCGAGUUUCCGACACCGCAGACGGACAGUCUUACCGUUUUUGCAACGGUUUAGACGUCCACCAACUCACUGGAAAUGUUCUUUUCACAGAUACGAGCUCCGUCAAUGAUCUAAGAAAUGCCUCCAGGGCAUUGAACACUAAUGAUAUAACGGGGAGAUUAUUGAUGUACGAUCCCGAUACGGACCGAGUGAGAGUGUUGAUGAAGAACCUCUCGGGGCCAGCCGGAGUAGCGGUUAGUCAAGACGGGACCUAUGUCCUGGUCUCCAACUUCAUUGGCAACAAUACUAUAAGGUAUUGGCUCCGAGGUCCUCGAGCCAACACAUAUGACUCCAUAGACUUCCAGGAAAGACCAGAUAACAUCAGGAGAACAGUGGUUGGAGACUUUUGGAGGGCGGCGGCGAUGGUGAAACAGCCGGCACAGUCGUUGAUUCCGAUUGCGCAAAGGAUGGAUGUGAUCGGCAGGGUUUCUCGAACCGUAAAUUUGGAAGCAUGGUAUGGAAAUACAUUAAUUAGCGAAGUUCAGGAGUUCGGUGGUGAACUAUAUGUAGGAUCACGGUUUACGUCAUUUGUUGGCGUCUAUCGAUUUUAGUU